AUGUCCCUAAAUCCCUCCUCCAAACCCGUCCUCGCCGUCAUCGGCGUUGGUCCCGGGAUCGGCGAAGCGGUCUCCCACCAUUUCGCGUCCAAAGGCUUCGUCGUCGCGCUGAUCGCCCGAACAGAAUCCAAGUUGGAGAAGGUCCAAAAAACCAUCAAUGACGACGUCGGCACGACCGCAUCAAAGUACUACGUGGCCGAUGCCCGCUCUGAAUCGUCGCUUCAAUCCGCUUUUGCCGCGAUAAAGGCCGACCUUGGCCCCGUCGACGUGCUAAUCUACAACGCCGGCUCGAGACGCUUCACCCCGCGCAACAUUCUCGAAACCUCCAGUGAAGAAUUCGAGAAUUUCACGCGCAUCAACCUUUUCGGCGCCUUCUUCGCGACAAAAUGCGUUCUGCCUGAUAUGCUGGCCAAAUCCAGCGGAACGAUCAUCUUCACGGGCGCAACGGGGUCGAUCCGCGGCAAUGCGGGCGUCUCGUCAUUUUCACCAGGCAAGUUUGGACUCCGGUCGUUAUCGCAAAUCAUCGCGCGCGAGUUUCAGAGUAGCGGUAUCCAUGCUGCGCAUUUGAUUGUUGAUGGGCCCGUCGAGAGUGACAUUGUUGGUGGGUUUGUGAGGAGGCGGUGGGAGCGAGAGGGGGAGCAGGGACGGAAGAAGGUGGAAGAAAAGGAUCUGUAUCUGAUGCAGCCAAAGGAAUUGGCGGAGAUUUAUUGGUUUUUAUAUAGCCAGCCGAGGAGCACGUGGACGCAGGAGCUGGAUGUAAGGAGUAUGAAAGAAGGGAUGGUCUCGAAGCUGUGA